GAAGACAGAGAAGAAAGUGAGGGGUGGCCGCGUUAUAAGACUGGUGAGGUGAACAGCAACAGCGACAACACAUCGGACUUAGCAGCUCACUGCGACCGCAGCGAUUAUGGACUUCUUCACUCCACUCGGCCUUGAUCAAGAAGAACAAGAGUCCGAUGAAGAGGCACGCCGCCACCGGCGCGAACUCUCACGAGCCCGGCGUCUCUCCAUGCAACACCAAGCGGAAGGCAAGGUCGAGAAGUCAGCGACACCGGAGGCGGGCGCCGUUCCACGUCGAAGAAGUGGCAGCGUAGCUGCUACAGGCAGCCGCCGGUCUUACGACGUGCCUGGAGUAGUAGACGACAAGAUACCGGCCUUGGAGCGGCGCAGGCCCCGCGAGAGCCUAGUGCCCUGUUCGCCUUCGGAGGCCCCCGACAGCUCCGACCAGAACGCGCCGUCAGGCAAACAUUCCGCCUGCCAGAUGGGGUCGCUGUCUUCGGCCAGCAGCCCAGGCGCCGCCUCGGCAACCAAGAAGCGAGGGUCUCUGCUGAAGCGUCUGUCGAACGCCAUCCUGACCAAAGCAAAGCGCGAACAAUCCGCGGCUGCCCAACACUCGAGCCCCGUUGAACGAGGGGCGCCUCCGAACGACGACCUCCGCGAAGGGAGCCCUCCGAGGGUCGCAGGCCCUACUGCCACCGAAGCGAAGGCCGUACCCACGGAGACAGCCGACACCAAGAAGUCUCCUCAAGACCGUAACGGAUCGGCAGAUCUGCAGUGAUUGGGCUACGCCUGAAGACGGGUGACCAAGUGCCGGCCAUUGAACGUCACUCACACGGGGGUGUCGGCACAACCUUGAUCUCGAAAGGCGCCUUGCAAGGGCGCUUACUUCCAACGAACUUCGAGAUACCUUUACGACAUGUUCGAAGCAUUGCAGACUCGCAGUCCGUACAUGAUGUUUGCACCCUGGCCGAGGCCGAUUGGAACUCACACUCGCGACAAACUUCUCGCUUCGUUUUUUAGUUUAUUAUUAUUAUCGCUUAAAUCGUGAUACA